UUAAAUCAUUUCAUUAUACGACCCAAGAAACAACCACAUGCUCCACUAUAAAUCAUUAACCAAUACAAAAGAACUCAACCGUGUAAUACUACUCCAAAAUCAAAAGCAUGGUUUUAUGUAGGCAUAAACAACCUUCAGUUCCAAUUCCAACUCUCCUCAUCACCUUAUUCUUUCUUUCCAUUUUCUUAGUAGAUUGCCAAAUCCUUGAAACUCCAUCACCACCAUCCGAUUCACUCCCAUUAAUCCCUGACAUUUUGAACUUCUUAGACCAGAGGGUGGUUCAGGUUAUCCCAAUUAUUCAAACCUUCAAGAACACUAUAACCUUAGACCCUUUGGGAGUAACAACAACAUGGGUUGGUCCAAACGUAUGCAACUACACAGGCUUCUAUUGUGGCAACCCACCCGAUAACCUCACCGCCACAACCGUUUCCUCAAUCGAUUUCAAUGGCUUUCAAAUCACAGCUCCAACUCUCGACGGCUUCAUCGACCAACUCCCAGACUUGGCCCUCUUCCAUGCAAACACCAACAAUUUCUCCGGCACCAUUUCUCCAAAAAUAGCGAAUCUCAAGUUUCUAUACGAACUUGACCUAAGUAACAAUUUUUUCUCCGGGGUAUUCCCCACAUCGAUCCUUAAGAUCCCCACGUUGUCCUUUUUGGACAUUAGGUACAACUUUUUCAGCGGCACCGUGCCCCCACAAAUUUUCAUGCAAACAUUGGACGUACUUUUCAUCAACAAUAACAAUUUCAUGCUGACGCUGCCCAACAACCUAGGAGACACCCCGGUGGUUUAUCUCACGUUGGCCAACAACAAAUUCACGGGCCCUAUUCCUCGCAGCAUUGGAAAAGCCUCGUCCACGUUGGUCGAAGUGUUGCUACUGAACAACCUUUUAACGGGUUGUCUUCCCUACGAAAUUGGGUUCUUGGGAAACGUGACAUUGUUCGAUGCUGGUGGGAACCUCUUAACUGGGCCUAUUCCGUGGUCCUUUGGGUGCUUGAAGAAAGUGGAGCAGCUGAACCUGGCUAGGAACUUUUUGUACGGACAGGUUCCGGAAGUGGUGUGUGCGUUGGGGAAUUUGGCGAAUCUUUCUUUGUCAUAUAAUUAUUUUACGAGAGUGGGGCCCUUGUGCAAGAAGCUGAUUCAAAGGGGGGUUCUUGAUGUGAGGAAGAACUGUAUUUUCGGUCUUCCGGAUCAGAGAUCGGGGAGGGAGUGUAUGGCGUUCUUUUUGAUUCCGAGAACUUGUUCGCACCCUGCGUCGUUUAAUAUUAUACCGUGUCAGAUUCAUCAUUCGACGAAACCCUCGGAGAGAACUAGGAGGCAUUUGCUUUCAUAUUCUGCUCUUUCUAGAAAUAGAGUUAUUUUGUAACUCAGGAUUGUGUAGUCUGGACUAAUUUCCGCGCAUACACAGAAUCUAAUGGGUGAAAUAGGUUAUAUAUUCAUAAUAAAUUUUUACAA